AUGCUCAAGAGUUCCAUGUGCUAAGGAAAUAAUGGUUUUGCAAUGGAACAAAUAUGGUUGGUGCUGCUUCUAACAAUUCGAGUGCUUCCGGGGUCUGCUCAGUUCAAUGGCUACAAUUGUGAUGCCAACCUCCACAGCAGAUUUCCUGCUGAAAGAGACAUCAAUGUGUACUGUGGGGUGCAGGCCAUUACGAUGAAGAUUAAUUUUUGCACAGUACUUUUCUCGGGUUAUUCUGAAACAGAUCUGGCACUGAACGGAAGGCAUGGGGAUUCCCACUGCAGGGGGUUCAUCAAUAACAACACCUUUCCAGCCGUGGUCAUUUUCAUCAUCAAUCUCAGCACUUUGGAGGGCUGUGGAAACAACUUAGUGGUAUCCACAAUCCCUGGAGUCAGUGCUUAUGGAAAUACAACUUCAGUACAAAUAGGAAAUAUUUCAGGAUAUAUUGAUACUCCAGAUCCACCAACAAUCAUCAGCUAUCUACCUGGGCUUCUUUACAAAUUUAGUUGUAGUUAUCCUUUGGAAUAUCUGGUUAAUAAUACCCAGCUUGCUUCGUCUUCAGCUGCUAUUUCUGUGAGAGAAAACAACGGCACAUUUGUCAGUACUUUGAACCUGCUUCUUUAUAACGAUUCAACCUACAGUCAGCAGUUAAUUAUUCCAAGUAUAGGAUUACCUUUGAAAACCAAAGUAUUUGCAGCUGUACAAGCCACUAAUCUGGAUGGCAGAUGGAAUGUCUUAAUGGAUUAUUGCUACACGACCCCAUCUGGGAAUCCAAAUGAUGAAAUUCGAUAUGAUCUUUUCCUGAGCUGUGACAAAGAUCCUCAGACUACCGUCAUUGAAAAUGGCAGGAGCCAACGUGGCCGGUUUUCUUUCGAAGUGUUCCGAUUCGUGAAACACAAGAAUCAGAAGAUGUCUACUGUCUUCCUACAUUGCGUUACCAAGCUCUGCAGAGCGGAUGACUGCCCUUUCCUCAUGCCAAUUUGCAGCCACAGAGAAAAAAGAGACGCCGGGAUGAGAACAACUUGGAGCCCUCAGAGCACGUCUGGAAACGCGGUCCUCUCUGCUGGUCCCAUCAUUACGCGGAGCGAUGAGACUCCAACCAACAACUCACAACUUGGUUCUCCAAGUGUGCCUCCCUUCCAGCUGAACCCCAUCACCAGCGCACUGAUAUCAGGAAUCGUCAUUCUAGGAGUGAUGAGCUUUUCCCUUCUCCUGUGUGCACUGGCCCUUCUACACAGAAAAGGACCCACCAGUUUGGUGUUGAAUGGCAUUAGAAAUCCAGUCUUUGACUGA